CAAAUCGCGCCUGUAUUCUUCCGCUAGUGAGAGGCUCCAGUCGAGGUUCGGCGUCAAGGCGCUCGAAAUUGUCAAGAGAGGUCAUCCAAAAAAAGGAAUACCGGUGUCGAUCGACGAUCGAGCGCCGAUAUAUAUUUCCUGCAGGUUCCGAAAGACGCGAGGCACUUUCGAAGGACGAAGAACCGCCGUGAAAUUCUCAUACGCGGGAACUACUUCGAGACAAGAGGGGCGGCGUUGGCGGCCAUGAUGGGUGUCAGCGGCGAGUAGCAUUCGCUCUCCAGUCAGUUGGUUUUGCGCUUUUAAUGAUUGAUGCCGAGCAUUCGGGGAUAAAAGGCGACACGAUAAGCGGGGAAUAGGACGUAAGUAGAGAUCGCUAGUCCGGAGGUUUUUUUUCUGCGCCCGUCCACGGCUGAUAUCGAUCUUGCGGAAGAGGACAGCGGCCGAAAGAUCUCUCGGUUCUCGACGAGUUUUUCCAAUAUAAUUCGGCAAAAAUGACGCAGCUACUACCCAUAAGGUUCCAAGAACACCUACAGCUUACAGCUGUGGGUAUUAAUGCCAGUAAUGUCAGCUUUAACACACUUACUAUGGAAUCUGAUAAAUUCAUUUGCGUUAGAGAAAAGGUUGGUGACACUGCCCAGGUAGUCAUUAUCGAUAUGAAUGAUUCCGCCAAUCCCAUCAGAAGACCGAUAUCUGCUGAUUCUGCUAUUAUGAAUCCAGCUAGUAAAGUCAUCGCUUUGAAAGCUAUGAAGACACUUCAGAUUUUCAACAUUGAAAUGAAGUCAAAAAUGAAGGCUCAUACAAUGACGGAAGAUGUGGUCUUCUGGAAAUGGAUAUCGCUGAACACAUUGGCACUAGUAACGGAAACUGCAGUGUAUCAUUGGUCUAUGGAGGGCGAUUCGACGCCGAAUAAGAUGUUCGAACGUCAUUCGUCGUUAAACGGCUGCCAGAUUAUCAAUUACAGGACAGAUCCGAAACAGACGUGGCUAUUAUUGAUCGGUAUUUCGGCGCAGCAUAACAGAGUGGUCGGCGCUAUGCAGCUUUAUUCCGUGGAACGAAAGUGCUCGCAACCGAUCGAGGGACAUGCUGCCUCCUUCGCUCAGUUCAAAAUGGAAGGAAACGCGGAACCCAGCAAUCUGUUCUGUUUCGCCGUUAGGACGGUCCAAGGAGCGAAGCUUCAUAUUAUCGAAGUGGGUCAACCACCUGCCGGCAAUCAUCCGUUUCCGAAGAAAGCGGUAGAUGUAUUCUUUCCACCUGAGGCCGGAAAUGAUUUUCCUGUCGCUAUGCAAGUUAGCUCCAAGUACGACGUCAUAUAUUUAAUCACAAAGUACGGUUAUAUACAUAUGUACGAUAUCGAGUCGGCGACCUGUAUAUUUAUGAAUCGUAUCUCGGGAGAGACCAUCUUCGUCACUGCCCCGCACGAGGCCUCUGGUGGUAUAAUAGGAGUAAAUCGAAAGGGUCAAGUCUUGUCUGUUUCUGUGGACGAAGAGAAUAUAAUCCCAUACAUCAACGGAGUAUUGCAGAACUCGGAAUUGGCGUUAAGAAUGGCCGUGAGAAACAACUUAUCGGGAGCCGAGGACUUGUUCGUAAGGAAAUUUAAUAUGCUUUUCCAGAAUGGCCAGUAUGCGGAGGCGGCAAAAGUUGCGGCUAAUGCUCCUAAAGGGAUACUUCGAACACCAGCGACUAUUCAACGAUUUCAACAGGUCCCAACUACUCAGGGCCAAACCUCUCCUCUUCUACAAUAUUUCGGCAUUCUUUUGGAUCAGGGACAAUUGAACAAGUACGAAUCGUUGGAACUCUGUCGUCCGGUGCUAGUUCAGAAUCGUAAACAAUUGCUGGAGAAGUGGCUGAAGGAAGAUAAGCUGGAAUGCAGUGAAGAACUGGGAGAUCUAGUAAAACAGGCGGAUCCUACAUUGGCGCUUAGCGUUUACCUGAGAGCCAAUGUUCCCAACAAGGUCAUCCAAUGCUUUGCGGAGACUGGCCAAUUUCAGAAGAUCGUUCUCUAUGCCAAGAAAGUCUCGUAUACACCUGAUUAUAUAUUUCUCUUGCGUAACGUCAUGAGGAUUAAUCCCGAUCAAGGUGUAACGUUCGCGCAGAUGCUGGUCCAAGACGACGAACCAUUAGCCGACAUCAAUCAAAUCGUCGAUAUAUUUAUGGAACAAAACAUGGUGCAGCAGUGUACGGCAUUUCUUCUGGACGCUCUCAAGAACAAUCGGCCGAGCGAGGGUGCCUUACAAACCCGCCUCUUAGAGAUGAAUUUAAUGUCCGCCCCGCAAGUCGCUGACGCCAUAUUAGGCAAUCAGAUGUUUACUCAUUACGAUCGAGCUCAUGUCGCCCAAUUGUGCGAGAAAGCUGGCUUGCUACAACGUGCACUCGAACAUUAUACUGAUUUGUAUGACAUUAAGAGAGCGGUAGUGCAUACGCACUUACUCUCCCCCGACUGGCUCGUUGGUUUCUUCGGGACUUUGUCCGUAGAAGAUUCCCUUGAAUGCUUGAAGGCUAUGCUGACAGCCAACAUAAGACAGAAUUUGCAAAUCUGCAUACAGAUCGCGACCAAAUAUCACGAGCAGUUGACGACUAAAGCACUGAUAGAUCUAUUCGAAAGUUUCAAGUCUUACGAGGGUCUAUUUUACUUCUUAGGCUCCAUCGUAAACUUCAGCCAGGAUCAAGAAGUGCACUUCAAGUAUAUCCAAGCGGCGUGCAAGACCGGUCAGAUCAAGGAGGUGGAGCGCAUAUGUCGAGAAAGUAAUUGUUACAAUCCGGAACGCGUCAAAAAUUUCCUGAAAGAAGCGAAACUGUCUGAUCAAUUGCCCUUGAUCAUCGUAUGCGACCGAUUCGAUUUCGUUCACGAUCUCGUUCUUUAUCUCUAUCGCAAUAACUUGCAGAAAUACAUCGAGAUAUAUGUCCAAAAAGUCAAUCCAUCGCGUUUACCCGUGGUCGUGGGCGGUCUGUUGGACGUUGAUUGCUCGGAAGAUAUCAUUAAGAACUUGAUACUGGUGGUGCGUGGACAAUUUUCAACCGACGAAUUGGUCGAGGAAGUCGAGAAGAGAAAUCGACUGAAACUCUUGCUACCGUGGCUGGAAUCUCGCGUUCAUGAGGGUUGCGUGGAGCCCGCUACGCACAACGCACUGGCCAAGAUUUACAUCGACAGCAACAAUAACCCUGAAAGAUUCCUCAAGGAGAAUCAAUUCUAUGACAGCAGAGUCGUCGGCAAGUAUUGCGAGAAACGCGAUCCUCACCUGGCUUGCAUCGCAUACGAGCGUGGCCAGUGUGAUCGCGAGCUGAUAAGCGUCUGCAACGAGAAUAGUCUAUUCAAGAGCGAGGCGAGAUACCUAGUGAGACGCAGAGAUCCCGAUCUUUGGGCGGAAGUGCUUUUGGAGAGCAAUCCAUACAAGCGACCUUUGAUAGAUCAAGUUGUUCAGACGGCGUUAUCCGAGACGCAAGAUCCCGAAGAUAUAUCUGUCACUGUCAAGGCUUUCAUGACAGCCGAUUUGCCUAACGAGCUGAUCGAACUUCUCGAGAAGAUAGUGCUGGACAGCAGUGUGUUCAGCGAUCAUCGUAACUUGCAGAAUCUUUUGAUACUGACGGCCAUCAAAGCUGAUCGUACACGUGUUAUGGAGUAUAUUAAUCGUUUGGAUAAUUAUGACGCUCCGGAUAUUGCCAAUAUUGCCAUUAACAACGAGCUCUACGAGGAAGCUUUCGCUAUCUUCAAGAAGUUUGAUGUCAACACGUCAGCUAUCCAGGUUCUAAUCGAGCAGGUCGGCAACUUGGACAGAGCUUAUGAAUUUGCAGAAAGAUGCAACGAGUCGCCAGUAUGGUCGCAACUCGCCAGAGCUCAGCUACAGCAGGGUUUGGUCAAAGAAUCAAUCGACAGUUUUAUCAAAGCAGACGAUCCAUCAGCGUAUGUAGACGUGGUCGAAACCGCGCAUCGGACUUCGCAUUGGGAAGACUUAGUUCGCUAUCUCCAAAUGGCUCGUAAAAAGGCACGCGAGUCCUUCAUCGAGAGCGAAUUGAUAUAUGCGUACGCGCGAACCAACCGGCUCGCGGAUCUCGAGGAAUUUAUAUCUGGUCCGAAUCAUGCCGAUAUACAAAAAAUCGGCGAUAGAUGCUUCGACGAUAAGAUGUAUGAUGCCGCGAAGCUCCUCUACAACAAUGUAUCCAACUUUGCGCGAUUGGCGAUAACGCUCGUUCAUCUGAAGGAAUUUCAAGGCGCCGUUGAUAGUGCGCGCAAAGCCAAUUCGACGCGCACCUGGAAAGAAGUUUGUUUCGCUUGCGUGGACAGCGGCGAGUUCCGUUUAGCCCAAAUGUGCGGUCUGCACAUAGUCGUGCAUGCGGAUGAGCUCGAGGAUCUGAUCAAUUACUACCAGGAUCGCGGACACUUUGAGGAACUCAUUAAUCUUCUUGAAGCUGCUUUAGGACUCGAACGAGCUCAUAUGGGAAUGUUUACCGAGCUGGCUAUUCUCUAUAGUAAAUAUAAGCCUCAACGAAUGAGAGAACACUUGGAACUCUUCUGGUCACGCGUUAAUAUACCGAAGGUGCUACGCGCGGCAGAACAAGCACAUCUAUGGGCCGAGCUGGUGUUUUUAUAUGACAAGUAUGAGGAAUACGAUAACGCGGUUCUCGCGAUGAUGCAACAUCCUACGGAAGCUUGGCGAGAGGGUCACUUCAAGGACGUAAUUACUAAAGUCGCAAACGUCGAACUCUACUAUAAGGCUAUACAGUUCUACGUGGAAUAUAAACCCCUUCUUCUAAAUGAUAUUCUGCUCGUACUUGCUCCGCGUAUGGAUCAUACCAGAUCAGUGGCGUACUUUACGAGAACCGGUCACUUACAGCUAGUGAAACCAUAUUUGAGAUCGGUUCAGGCUCUCAACAACAAAGCUAUCAAUGAAGCGUUAAAUGGCUUGCUGAUUGACGAAGAGGAUUACCAGGGUCUCCGAACGUCGAUCGAUGCGUUCGAUAAUUUUGAUAAUAUUGCGUUAGCGCAGCAACUCGAGAAACAUGAAUUGAUCGAAUUCAGGAGAAUCGCCGCAUAUUUGUACAAGGGAAAUAAUAGAUGGAAGCAGUCUGUAGAACUUUGUAAGAAGGAUCGACUUUUCAGGGAUGCUAUGGAAUACGCGGCGGAAUCGCGGAAUGCGGAAGUCGCCGAGGAGUUACUCGAGUGGUUCUUAGAGAGAGGUUCCAAGGACUGUUUCGCAGCAUGCCUAUUUCAUUGCUACGAUCUACUUCAUCCGGAUGUCAUCUUGGAACUCGCAUGGAGACAUCGUAUUUUACAUUUCGCGAUGCCGUAUCUCAUACAAGUUGCACGGGAAUAUAUUACUAAGGUCGAUAAAUUAGAAGAGGCCGAAAGUCGACGCAUUGAAGAAACCGAUCAUCAGGAACAUAAGCCUAUGAUUAUGCCGGAACCUCAGCUAAUGUUGACCGCAGGGCCUGGAAUGAUGGCACCCGGCUAUGCACCUCAAAAUGUAUACGGUGCACCCGCACAAGUGUACGCGUCCACCGCAGCCUAUCAAGGUUACGGUAUGUGAAAUACAUUAAACAGGACAGAUCAACAAAGUCUACUUUUCUAUAAAGUUUAGGUAGAAUGAGAUAUAUUGUUUGGUUAGCUUAUUAAUAUAUCGUAUCAAUAAAGCGCGAAUACGAAUUAUAAUAUCAUUAGAAACACGAAGAAAUUGCCACGUUUAGAAAUCAUGAUUACGAAUAAUGUAACAAAUAAUAACGAAAUAUAUUAGGAGAAAGCUAUCACACGCUAUCUAAAUGUGAAUUAUUGUCGUUUAUAAGGGAGAGACGUCGAACGAAAUUGUUAUAUUUCACAGUUUAAAUCAUUAUUUGAAUUAGAGAUCAUGUAAAAACUAUAUUUAAUUUUCAAAAAAAAAAAAAAAAAAAAAUUUUUUCUUUCUUUGUUAAUGUGAUGCUGAGAUUUUUCUAUUUACUUGUUGCACAGUCAGUAUAAAAAGAUAUUAUAUAUACAUAUAUAUGUUGUAUGUAAAGAUAUAAUUUUGCAGUUCCCUUUGCUCGCACAUACAUAUAUAUAUAUAUGUACAUGUGUCUACGUACCUUUCUUUUGACUAUUAAUGAAAAGCAAACUUUUUUCGACGAUAUCGAAUUCUAAAAAAGCAAAAUCAACUGUAGAUCUUAAAUCAUGAGUUCCUUUAAAUCACGAAUUCUUCUUCAAAUUAGAGUAUUUUUUAUUUUAAGUAAAUUUUUUUCAAAUAUCCUCAUCUAUGUUAAGAAGUUUCUAAUUUUGAAAGUUAAUUUUUUGUCGAAAAUCUGCAACAACUCAUUGUAAGAAGUUUACAUCUUAGAAAUAGACGUCAUAGCGUGUGGUAAAUCAUAAUGAAAAUAACGAGUGUCCUCAUAAAAUUGAAAUGUAACAAAAAUAUCUUUUAAAUUUGAUAGAUCGUGUAUCAUUAUAACGAUAUUGUGACGUUAUAAUGAGACCAGAUCCUUCAAAAAAUGAAAAAAAUCUGUAGACAUUUUGGAAUAUGUUGGCGUCUAUAGUACAUACACAUUGUUCUAGAUCUACUUAUGUGUAUAUUUGCUUGAACAGAGGUACAUGUUCGCAGUUAGUUUAAUUUGCGUAAACGAACGACACAAAAAUAAAUGAAUUAUAGAUACUAAAACGCAUGGCAAGAUCUUAUUGUCUUAUUAAUGUAUCGAAAUAUAUAAAGUAGUUUGAGUUUUUUGCCCGAUCUUCGUAUGUAUCAUGCUUUCGACCUUUUGUUAUUCACUAUAGUGAAAACAGUUAUGAUUAGAGUUGGAUAUAUAUAUAUAUAUAUAUAUAUAUAUAUAUAUAUAUAUAUAAAAAUAUUUAAGAAUCGGAACAAAGUAUAAUACACCCACGAGAUCGUCUCUAUCACGUCGUACAUACGUUUUAGUAAUAUUUUCUACUCGUUUCGAUUUCAUGUAGUAUGUGUGCAUAGUAUCUUAUGUGAAAUUAUUAAUCGUUAAUCAUUAUAUAGCUUGUUACAAACUCUGCCUAAAUUGUGCAAGUAUUAAGAUAAAUUAGAUUGCAAUACUUCUAGAAAAUGACAAAGCCAUGUUGUAUCUGUUAUGCUACACUCAUGUUUUUAAAAAUAUUUAUGUUGCGUGUAUAAAGUGCUACAUUGAUGCAUCAAGAUCAAUACAUGAGACAUGGCAGAAAACGAAGAAAAACAGAUAUUAAUUUUGUAAUACAUCUUACCUUUAACAUUCCUAAAGCUGCCCUGCUGCGUACAUUUAUAUCAUUUAGUGAUAUAAUCUCGUUAAUGGUUUAUAUAAUAUGUAGUCUUUUUAUUUUAAAGUACGAAACGAAAGUUUAUUAUAUCGUGACGAAAUAGUCGCAUUAUUACCAUGUCAAAGUAAAAAUUUGUAUUAUCUAUUAGUAAAAGAGCAGAUAUAUGACGUUUUCUCUCAUCUCAUUUUAUUCAUCUUUAUUGUUUAAAGCUUUCGUUUUGCUACUCCGCAGUUGAUCUUGCAGUGAUCCAGCUGUGUAUAUAUCAUAUAAAAAUGUUAUGUCAAAUAAAGGUCAAGCAAAACAUGA